AUAUGUAGAAAAUGUUCUCUCUCCUCCACCACUAGAUUUCGUGGUUUCUAUCUCUUGUUGCUCAUGUCCGAUACCAAGGCAAAAUAAGCAAAAUUAAAAAUAGGAUGAAAAAAACAGAAAUGAGAAAAUUGUUUCCACCUCUUACUCCCACCAGACUAAGCUGCAAAAAGUGAUCAAUGGCUGCUCCUUCACAAGGUUUUUCUCUUUAUUCUAAAAGUUUUCAUAGCAGAGUACCAUCCAAGCAUUCUUUUCAAACCAGUUUCAGAAGAAACCCAUUUGGUCUAAAGGUGAAAGCAUGCCAAAAUCCUAAAAAGGAAGACAUCCUCAUUGUUGGAGCAGGAAUUGCUGGUCUUGCAACUGCUCUCUCUUUACACAGGCUUGGUAUUAAAUCUUUGGUCCUAGAGCAAGCAGGGUCCUUAAGAAUUGGUGGCACUUCUAUGACACUCUUUAAGAAUGGAUGGCGUGUGUUGGAUACCCUUGGGGUUGCAGAUGAUCUGAGACGGCAAUUUGGCGAGGUUACUGGAAUGACCAUCAAAACUGAAUCUGGGAGGGAGCUGCGAUCUUUCCAAUUCAAGGAUGAAGCUUUCAGUCAAGAAGUUCGAGGGGUGGAAAGGAGGGUGCUUUUGGAAAUGAUAGCUAGGGAAUUGCCACAAGAUGCAAUCUGUUUCUCUUCAAGGGUAUCAACAAUUGAUAAGACCAUGAGUGGUGAAACUUUAGUUGUACUUGAUGAUGGUCGACAGAUUCCCACUAAGGUUCUAAUUGGCUGUGAUGGGGUCCAAUCACCUGUUGCAAAAUGGAUGGGAUUCUCAGAACCUCGUUAUGUUGGGCAAUGUGCAUUUCGAGGGCUUGGAGAAUACCAAACUGGGCAUUCAUUUGAGCCUAAAGUGAACUACAUUUAUGGAAGUGGUUUGCGUGCUGGUUAUGUCCCUCUCUCUUCUACCAAAGUUUACUGGUUUAUCUGCUUCAACAACCCAUUUCCAGGCCCAAGGACCAGUGACCCAACUUUACUGAAGAAGGAAGCGCUACAGCUGGUGCAAAGCUGGCCUCAAGAGCUGUUGGACAUUAUAGAGAAGACUCCUGAUGAAGGGGUUAUCAAGACCCCUUUAGUGGACCGGUGGCUCUGGCCUCUGGUUAGCCCACCAGGUUCAGCGCAUGGCUUGGCAUUGGCAGGGGAUGCAUGGCACCCCAUGACUCCAAACCUUGGGCAAGGAGCAUGCUGUGCAUUGGAAGAUGCCAUCGUGCUCUCAAGGAAUCUUGCUAAAGCACUUGAAGUCAAUGGCUUUGGUGGCUCGAGUGUGGAUCAAGCUCUCGAAGCAUACACAAGAGAGAGAUGGGGUCGUGUGUUUCCAUUAGCUGUACGUUCAAACCUGGUCGGCUCUCUUUUACAGUGGGAGAAUGGGGUGGGGUGUUUCCUUAGAGAUAAUGUUGUGGUCCCCAAAUUGGUGAGAUUGGGACCAUUGCUUGAGCAUACAAAUUAUGAUUGUGGCACACUCCAAUGAAGUGAACUGAACCACAGCAUGUCGCACCGGUAAGCGCCUGUUGGUGUGUCAUGUGUACACUUUGAAGAUGCAUAUGACGCACACAGUAGUACUUUGGUUAUUUUGCUUUUUUAUAGGUGAGUUGGGUUCAGGAAAUUAUUUGGAUUUCAGGAUUGCAUCCAUGCUGAAAAGAUGAACCAUUAAAGUGAAAAUCAUGAAUGGAACUGAAUGUUGGUACAAAAAUUUAGAUUUACAAUUUAAUU